AGGUCCCUGAUGCUACCAAAUUUGUAUGUAUUGUACUCCUGUUCUGAUCAUAGCACUUGUACCAACCGCUCCUAGAAACGAUAAGUACUGAAGUACUCUACCCCGAGGAAUUUUUGAAAAAUUGACCAUAGGACGUGAGCCAGAUCUUCCGUUUUAAUAUUCAUCUAGCUCCCUACAACUAGUAGGUACCCUGAGACUUUGGAACUACCUUUGGCUUUGCUUCGUCUGUUGAUGAGACACACUUAAUAAAUUUUGCAGUAAAAAAUUUUAUAUACUGCUUGAACAAAACAACUAGCGAAAACAUGGCGUCCGCUCCUUCCAAUGAGCUGGACCUUUUCUGCGGGGAUUUUUCGCUCUUCGGCGGCGCGGGGGAGGAAGAUGAGGACAAUUAUGACUACGCCAAUACAAAUGAAAAAGAUCUUCACACGACGACGUCCCACCGUGGCGUUGCACUUCUACCCUCUCAACACAAAGACGCUCACGGCAACGUCCUGGCUUACUACGGGCACAAGAAGCGAAAAAAGGGCUCCAAGAAGCGGUAUCAAAAUGAAAAAUCCCCCCUCCCCACAUCAAAACGAAACUUCUGAUGCUGGAUUUGCGUACACAAAUGACGUCUGUCUUGCAAUAUAGGACUGCAGCCAGAUCCUCAGCCUGUUUAGGAGUGUAAGCGUCUAGCUGUUUAGCAUGGGAGACGCCUGCCCUAUAGGCCCAAUAGCAUGAGAAACCGCAUCCACAACGCAGCGCACACAACGGCGCUUGCCUUCUUGCAAGACAGAGCUGAUUUGUGACCACAAAUCUACGUCACAAAUUUUCAGGGUGGUGCCUUUUUAAUAUCGGGAGGGGGGAUUUUUCCUCACAAUAAGCGGGUCAGGAUAUCAAUACCCCACGCAGGAGAUGCUGUUUUUGCCGACAAUUUUUCCGCUACUGAAAUAAGUGCCGCGCUGUCAAUAAAUGGGACAGGAAAUAAUGAUGGUACUACGUCGUCGCAAGAACACCAGCUUCAAAAUAACGUGGUCACGGAGAUACUACCCGCGACGUGUUCUUUCGAAGCCGCCGGGUACCACUACCCGCCCGAGUCCGAGGAGGGAAACUGCGAAUACAAGCGGAUGCUGUACCAAUGCACCCCCCAGCGGCUGCAGCAGUUGACCACGCAAAUGCAGUACCGGUUGCGAGAAGGGAACGGGCGCUGCGUUUACAGAAUAGGAGUGGACGACGACGGGUUUGUGCGCUAUCAAAUGCAAAAAUGUCUGGGUCUGGAAGAAUGCAACUUGUGAUGCUGCAUCUGGAUUCGAAAAAAAUUUGUAUUGCAUGAGUAGCAAAGGGAAUGCAAUUUUUGCUACGCGGAUAGGGCAUUUGUCAUGCGAAAUAGGCAUCAAGAACCCCUCGAAAAGUCUACGAUGCUACGGCAUGCAUCACAGACAUCAUGGCUCAUGCAAAACGUGCAUGACAAGUCUCAGAAUCUCCCAGACCCAGACAUUUUUGCAUUUGAUAUGCGAGGGAUUUUGACGAUAGAGCUCGAGGAAUCGCUGAAGAAUCUAUGUAUAAUAUGUUUCGUUCUGGUUCUACUUUUAUUGCAGCUCCUAAUUGAUUUGUCCUGCAAAACUUACUAGUAUCAGUAUGAGAAGAGUGCUCCGUCAUGCAUCUUCCUGACAUCGUUCUUUAUAUCAUCUUAUCUGAACAACAAGAAAACCAAAUCUAUCCCCAGAUUGCUGCGCGCACACCAUUGAUGGGCGCAUGAGAAUUCAGGUGAUGCGAAUACCUAUCAAAUGUAAAAAUGUCUGGGUCUGGAAGAGUGCGCGACUUGUCAUGCAGCUUUUUCAUGACCCAUGAGGUCUGGAAUACAGGGCCUAGCAUGACAGAUUCUGUGCGAUCUUUCUCAUGCCUAUCCUGCAUGAGAAACUGCCUCCCGACUUGGUCAAAACUGGACGACUUUUGGUAAUCAUGCAACACAGAUUUUUGCAUGCUUCAGAUUUAGCAUGACAAGUUGCAUUCUUCCAGACCCAGACAUAUUUGCAUUUGAUAAUACCCAUCGGGAAAACGGAGGCCGAAGAGAGUUCCAGUAUUGAGACGAAAAAUCCCCCCUCCCCAUAUUGAAAGCGCAGCCGUCCGAAAAUUUGUGAUGCAGAUUUGUGGCCACAAAUCCUGUCUGUCUUGCAAGAAGGCAAAGCCAGAGAGUCCGCCGCAUCAUUUAGGCGGUUUGUGGUGCUGCUGGGGUUACAGCAUAGACAUUUGCCAUGCGAGUCGCCUACGCCAAAGCCUCUCGCCUCAGGCUUGGCAUAUGCCUGCAGUCCACUCCAGCAAGACAGACCUGAUUUGUUUACGCAAAUCCAGCAUCAGAGACUUCGUCUCGAUGUGGGGAGGGGGGAUGUUUUCCUUUGAUAUCCGGGCCGGAGCCACGGUGGGCGGCGGAAGUGCAAUUGGAGUACAGUGAUCCGCUCGAUGGCGCAGAUUUUCCGGAGGAAGGAAAGUUAAUACUCGGGACAAUACCAGAAAUAAAUUCCGCGAAUGCUGGUAAUCAGCAACAGAAUCAAUCGAACUCCAAGCUGCAGUCCACUCUACCUUCUGGAAACAGUAACUCGAAACAUCAAACCUCCGAGGACUACUACCACCGAAAAUCUUCUUCGACCACCUUGCAGGCAAAGCGCGAUCUCCAGCAAAAACUAGUGAAGUCCCGAGUGGUUUUCUGCGGCCCGAACAACGUCGGGAAGUCGUCCCUGAUCGGGUGUUUAACUAAGGACAUCCCCACCACCAACAGCUGCGACAACGGGUCGGGUCUAGCGAGGUCUAUCAAAUGCAAACAUGUGGUCUCGGUCUGUGGAAACUAAAACUUGUGAUGCUGAAUGAUCAUAAAUACAACAGCCUUCCUAGUGCCGCCAAGCAUGACAAAUAUUUUGAGCUGCUUUUCAUGCGGCGUAGCGCGCAUAACAUUAACAUCACGCAAUAAAAGGUCGCGCUUUUGUUGGUCAUGGUGCAACACAGAUUUUACAGGAAUGCCAGAAAAGCAAUACAAGUUCCACUUUAUUUCCAGACCAUUAUUAUUUGCAAUCCAUAAGGUCCUUAGUUCUUCAAUUCCCGCACGAGGUUCUGUCGGGCGGGGUAACCAGCUCGAUUUCGAUAUCCCAAGCGAAAACGUCCCCACCAUAGUCAAGUUGGGAAUCUAGCAACACAAAUCUUCAAGUUUUGGGAGCUGUGCAUGACAAGUUUCCCUCUGCAGCGUAGUGCUGGUUGGCAAGGAAAGCCGCAUGAGAAAGCUACUCUCUUCUCCUGUUUACGGCAUUGCAAAUUCCAAAACACGAUUAGAAAUGCCUCUCAUGGGGCUGCGUAUUACAAACGUUUUCUGUAAUUGUACAUCUGCAUGACAACUCUGGGGUGUGGGCCCCGUUUUUACUCAGGAUAAUCGAAACAUUUGUUUUCCUCGAUGAAUCAGCAGAACAACAUGUCAACCAGUGCGGAGCAGCUGCGGCAGAACAGCAGUACCCAGCAGACGACCUGUAUCCAGGAAAAAACUGUGUCAGUGUAGGUGUCUUGGGAUGACAGCAUGACAAAUCUGCUGCGCAUGGCAGAGAAAGCCUGUCAUGCACAGCUAGUAUUAGUGAAAACACGUAUGAGAGAGGACUUCAUGGCUGGCUAGCAUGACAAGUGAUAGUUGUGUUACGUACUUAUGCAUCACAGACUUACACUUGCAUAGUUUUUUUCUUGCAUAGCCUGCGAAUUGUUGGACGUGCCGGGGGAUGUUCGGUAUAUGAAAACCACGCUGCGCGGGAUUCUCGGUUGCAACAAUUUCACACCGUUGCUGCUCGUCCACGACGGCCGCCAGCCGUUUUCGAACGAAUUUAAGAAGUAUGUGGAAUUGGCGAAGGCGUUGGAUAGGAGGCUGAUGGUGGUGCUGACGAAGUGCGACUUUUACUACGGUGGGGGAACUGGUGGUGCAUCUACUACUUCUGGAGAGCAGUAUAAUUCCACCUCGUCGAUGAGCUACGCCAGUAGUGGGACGAUGUUGACCAGCCCGGUAAAUAGCAGCAGAAAAAAUGGGACCACAACUACGUUUAUGGAUUGCAAAAAUGUCUGGGUCUGGAAGAAUGCAGGAGUUUGUCAUGCAGAUUUUGCAUGUCCCAUGAGGUCUGUGAUGCAUGCCCUAUUAUCAGAGAUUUUGCAAGGGGUCUCUGAUGCUCAUACCGCAUGAGAAAUGCCCUCUCCGCGUAGCACAAAUUACGCCUCUUUUGCUGUUCAUGCAAUACAGAUUUUAUGUAGAGUCCAAAGGUAGCAUCACAAGUUGCAUCCUUCCAGACCCAGACAUUUUUGCAUUUGAUAACGUUCAGCGGUCACAUUAACAACAGUUUCACCACCGCGAAUGACAGUGACGCGGUUACUGGGAUAGGAAUUAUGGAUUGCAAAAAUGUCUGGGUCUGGAAGAUUGUAAACUUGUCAUGCAGGUUUUCCAUGGCCCACGAGGUCUGGAAUGCGGAACCUAGCAUGACAGACUCUGUGAAGUCUCUGUCAUGCCUAUCCUGCAUGAGAAACUCUCUACCAACUUGGUCGAAAGUGGACAGCUUUCGGCACUCAUGCAACACAGAUUUUUGCAUGAUUCGGAUUUAGCAGGACAAGUUACAACCUUCCAGACCCAGAGAUUUUUGUAUUUGAUAGGAACCACAGCAUUACAAAUGAACAUUUCCUCGUCUCUACUAUCUCCAUCUGCAGCUCCUGCGCCGGAUGUUGCAGCUGCUGCUGCGAAUAAAUUUGGCUUCAACCCGCGAUGCCGCGGUGGCGUGGCAACCACGGGAGUGAUUGGUGCUGCAACUACGUCGUCGAGCUAUGGUAACCAUUUUCAACCUCGUCCAACUCCAACGGGGGAGCUGCACCUCCACCAGCAGCCGUCGACCAGUGUUCAUCAUCAUCAUCAUCAUCAUCCCAGUAGCAUGACCAGCAACACAUCAACAUCGGCAGUCGUUGAAAACCUGAACUCUUUCGACGACCUCGGAUCGCUAUAAACUGCAAAAGCAUCGUACUCGUAUAAAUGCAUUACAAAUUUCCUCAGCAUGAGAAAUAGAAUUUGUAAUGCGGAUUUACCUAUAAAAAAAGACUUGUAAUGCAUGAUCGCAAUACGAGUACGAUACUUUUGCACGGGAUAAUCGUUAUUCGGCGGGCAAUUUGGCGAGCACGACCACGUUGACACGUGGCUGGAAUUAUGAAGUGCAAAUAUGUCUGGGUCUGGAAACUUGUGAUGCUGCGUUGGGAAUAGUGAAUGCUCUGUAAUGCACAGCCAAGCAAGAGAAAAGUCAGCGCUUCUUUGUGUUGCGUUUUUCGCAUGACAAACUGCUUCCUUGCAUGACAGGCAAAACAGAGGGUCUCUUCUUGGACACGCAUGGCAAACUUUUUGGUCAUGCAAAACAUGCAUGACAGGUCUCAGAAUCUACUUCCAGACCAGGACAUUUUUGCAUUUGAUAGGAAUCUGACCCGCUGGAAACCUACACCACUUCUCCGGGCAAGAUAUCAGCAGCAGCGAUUUCGACAUCGUUUUUCAGCACGCCAGUGCACAACAAAUCUAGGACGGGGAGCAAGAAUUCUUCCAUAUGGAUUGCGAAUAUGUCUGGGUCUGGAAGAUUGGAACUUGUCAUGCCGUCUGUGGAUUCUAAAAAUAUCUGUGUUCUCGCAUGAGCAGCAAGAGGAGACCAGUUCUUGGUACGCGGAGAGGACAUUUCUCAUGCGUAAUUAGCACCAACAAGCUCGUCUCAAAAAAUCUGUGAUGCUAGCACCACCAUCACAGACCUCACGGGUUAUGCAAAAUGUGCAUGACAUGCCCCGGCGACUCUUUCAGACCCAGACAUAUUUGCAAUGCAUAAUUCAAUGGGGAAAACAACAACAACAAAAGGAAGAUGACUAUCAAGUGUAAAAAUGUCUGGGUCUGGAAGAAUUCAUGUUUGUCAUGCUUGUCUGGCAUGACUCUUAAAUCUGUCAUGCACGUUACCCAAGAGCUCCGUUUUUCUGUGAUGCAGAAGCGCAGUUUGUCAUGCAGAAUAGGCAACACCUAGGAGCUCAGAAACUUGUCAUGCUGAGCCAGCAUUUGUAGCCUCAUCAUGAGACGCCACCCAGCAUCACAAGUUUCCAGACCCAGACAUUUUUACAUUUGAUAAUGACUGCCGUGGAGCAAAAAAGGCUGAAGCAGGAGAAGAUGCGGCAGCAGCAGAAACAGAAGGAAGAGGAGUUGACCGAGCUGAUAAAACAGAUGAACAUCGACGUGCAAGAAAUCGACGAAAAAUCGCCGGAGUGGAAGGAAUUAUCCCGGAGAGGAAGGAAACGAGCGCGACGGGAAAGGCUGGAAAAGGUCGCGGAGUUGAGGAUAUCCUGUGCAAAAGUAUCGUAUUCGUAUAAAUGCAUUACAAGUUAACUCAGCAUGAGAAAUAAAAUUUGUCAUGCGGAUUUACCUUACGAGAAAAAUUUGUAAUGCAAGACUUGCAUUUGUACGAGUACGAUACUUUUGCACAGGAUGGAGGAAGGAACUAGCGGUGAGAAACCGGCACGGGUAUCGCAAGAAAAAACUGUGUAAGUGUAACUUUGUGUUGCAGAAAAUGCAAAACUGUUUACACUUGUCAUGCUGGACAUGCAUCAGAGGCUAUUUUCGUACGUGUUUUCAAGUACUAGCUACACAUGACAGGUUUUCUGUGUCAUGCAAAACAAAUCUGUGAUGCUGGUCCUGCAAAAAAGUUACACCUACACACUUUUUUCCUUGGAUAACGGGUCGUCCAGGACCAUCAAUCCCGACGGUACUAUGAAUUGCAAAAGUAUACGUGCUAGUAUAAAUCGCAAUACAAGUUUCCUCAGCAUGAUGAGAAAUGGAAUCUGUAAUGCUGAUUAACCUUAGGAAAAAGGUUUGUAAUGCACCAUUGCGAUUACUACGAAUACGAUACUUUUGCACAGGAUAGGCGCCAGCUGUCGAUCGAAGAGACGAAGCUUGAGUGACGAAGAAGAGGAGUUUUUGGACCAGCUGGAGGUGUUAGAGGAACGGAAAUUGAAGCGGGAUGAACUACAAAGAGCGAACGCAGACGUCGAGGCUCACAAUCUGGAGCAGGAUUUUUCGGAAACCACGUUUUUGGACGAAACGCAGAGCGAGAUCGAGGAUGGCGCGGGUGGUCGUCGGGAAAAAGAAGGUACUGCUGCUGCUGCUGAUGCGACGCCAUCUUCUCCUUUGUGCAACACAAAUCAGCAUGUUGAUCAAGGCCGAAGUGUAGCACCGGACCAUAUGCAGUGCAAAAGUAUCGUACUCGUAUAAAUGCAUUACAAAUUUCCUCAGCAUGAGAAAUAAAAUUUGUAAUGCAGAUUUGCCUUGGGAACAAGAUUUGUCAUGCAAUACUUGCAUUUAUACGAGUACGAUACUUUUGCACAGGAUAGACCAACAAGAAGAACCUUCGGGCUCCGAACUUACCACGCAGCAGUCUUCCUAUGGAUCGCAAAAAUGUCUGGGUCUGGAAGAUUGCAACUUGUCAUGCUAAAUCCGAAUCAUGCAGAAAUCAGUGUUGCAUGAGUGCCAAAAGCUGUCCACUUUGGACCAGGUUUGGAGGGCGUUUCUCAUGCAGGAUAGGCAUGGCAGAGACCUCACAGACACUGUCGUGCUAGGUCUUGCAUUCCAGACCUGAUGGGUCAUGGAAAACCUGCAUGACAAGCUUACACUCUUCCAGACCCAGACAUUUUUGCAUUUGAUACAUCCACAGACAACGCAACAAGUAGUCGCGAAGUGUCGAAGAUUGCCAGUUCCACUUCCACCCGAGGAAACAAGAUCAACCUGCUGAAACAGAAUUUGAGCAGUAGCAGUAACGCACCAGCACCAGCGCCACCCGUGGGUGCAGCGGUGCCGCUCCGUCCAGAUUCCCCCCUAGUCGGCUCCAACACGCCGCCCAAUUGGCGGGGGGAGCGGUUUAGGAUAGAAUCGCAGAGCAGCUUUUUGGAUGAAGAUUUGUUCUCCGUGAAUAGCAGCCCGGAGAAGGCCGCGAUCGUGGUCCCGAGGAAAACCAGACGGCAGCGAUACGCAUUGCAAAUGUGUCUCGGUCUGGAAGGUUGCAAAUUGUCAUGCUAAAUCUGAAUCUGCAAAAAAAUCUGUGUUGCGUGAUUACCAACAGCCGUCCUUUUUUACCAAGUGGAGAGGGAACUUCUCAUGCAGGAUAGGCAUGAUAGAGAUGUCACUGAAUUUGUCAUGCUAGGUGCUGCAUUCUAAACCUUAUGAGCCAUUUCCAGACCCAGGAGACAUUUUUGCAGUUGAUAAACGACCGCGACACGCGAAGGCUUUGACUUUCUCUGCCGGCGUCACGCCGCCGAAAUUCCUGCAGCCAUCGUUUUCUAGUUCCGGGGCCGCGAGCGAUGUCAUGCCAGCCGCAGGAGGAGCUCCGACGAGUUCUUGUGGUCCCUCCUCUUGUUCCUACUUCCAAGGAGGCGCAGUAGCUUCUAUUCCUCACCUCGACCAGCAGCAGCAACCUCACCAAAUUCGGAAGACGAUUUCCCUCACAGACGAGGUGUUGCAGCCGGUUGACUCAGACACUAGGAUAUUAGCGCCUAGAAACAACAUAUGGAGAGAAAAAAGUUCGUGGUCACAGUCACUAACUUGGAGGCUUUGCAUUACAAAUUUUUUUAGCAUCACAGCUUUUCCUUGUAUUGCAGAACCACUAAGGGAAAUCCCGCAUGCAUUUUGGCUGUGAUGCAUGUUCACGCAUGACAGGCGUUUUUUGUAUUGCAAAAAUGCCCAUGAGUGAUCGUGACGAACUUUUUUCUUUUGAUACAACAACCGUCGUUGGUCCGAAGAUAGUAUCAGCAGCCAGGCGUCUAUCCAAGAAAAAAACGUUGUUAGUGUAAAUUUGUGAUGCGCAGCAUGCAAAUUGAUUGCGCCUGUCAUGCUGAGCCUGCAUCGUGGGGUCCAUUCAAGGGCGUUUCGCGUACUAUCUGCGCAUGACAGAUUUUUGCUGUCAUGCCAGACAAAUUUGUAAUGCUGUUCCUCCAAAAAAGUUACACCUACAAUGUUUUCUUCUUGGAUAGCAUCGGAGGUGCUGGCGGAAAGGUAUAGUUGGCUGGAGCAGAAGCGGCAGCGAAAGGAGGAGUGGACGAAGAAGAUGAAGAUCGAGGUGGAAGAGGAAACUUCAAAAACGUCGAAACAGAUCGAAAUCUUACUACAGGACCAUGCGAAAAUUGCGGAGAGGAUAAAAACAGACGAGGGUUGUAACAAGAGCACAUCCGGAUUGAAGAUGUUGCACAGGAGCGACAUAAUGACUACUGCGGAAGAAGAUGAUCAGCAGGCGGGUAAUACUACCAGCCAAAUCGAGAAAACGAUCUCCACCGAGUCUGCUGCGCAGGGAAACACGACAGCAGGUGGCACCGGCGCAGUUCCCACUAGUUGUAGUACCGGCUCUAGCAACAUAAUUAUCUCCGCAAACAGUAAGAUCAUCUACCACAACUCCAUCAAGUCCCUGAAGGCGAUCGAGUCCUCCCACUCGUUCCAGGAAAAUUUCACGAAAACGGAGUAUUUCCAGCAGAAUUUCACCCUCGUGCAGAAGGAGAAGGACAUCAAUCUGUUCCUGAGAAAAAUGAUAUCAACUGCAACUAUGUCUGGGUCGGGAAGAAUGCAAGUUUGUCAUGCUUGUCUACUCACAUGACUCUUGAAUCUGUAAUGCAUGAGCAGGAAAGCAGCCUCUUACCUGUCACGCAAAACGCAGUUUGUCAUGCGGGAAGCGAAACACAUAGGAGCUCGGAAACUUGUCAUGCGUGGCUGCGUAACGAAGUGCGCCCACCAUGCACAAACUAGCAUCACAAGCUACUUCCAGACCCAGACAUAUUUGCCGGGCAUAAAUGAAAACGAUCAACAAACCGGGUAUAAUAUCCUGUGCAAAAGUAUCGUAUUCGUAUAAAUGCAAGUCCUGCAUUACAAAUUUUUUUCUUAAGGUAAAUCAGCAUUACAGAUUUUAUUUCUCAUGCUGGGGAAAUUUGUAAUGCAAUUUGUACUACUACGAUACUUUUGCAGUUCAUAUAUAACCUACAACGACGAGUUUCAGAUAUCAAAUGCAAAAAUGUCUGGGUCUGGAAGGUUGCAACUUGUCAUGCUGUUUAGGGACAACUCUAAAAAAGUUUGUAUUGCAUGACCAGCAAGACGAGGGGUCCAGCUUUUUGCUACACGGACAGGGCAUUUCUCAUUCGGAAGGUGCAUGAGGAAGCCCUCUAAGAGUCUGUGAUGCUAGGUCAUGCAUACCAGACCUCAUGGGUCAUGGAAGACCUGCAUGACACAUUUGGAACUCUUCCAGACCCAGACACUUUUGCGGUUGAUAUCAGAACCCGCAAACGAAGUACCACAGCAACCGGAAAAUCCCUGUUCUCGCCGUCAGCUGCGUAUGAACUGCAAAAGUAUCGUACUCGUAUAAAUACAUUACAAAUAAUUUUCUCAGCAUGAGACAGAAAAUUUGUAAUGCGGAUUUCAGUUAGGAUAAAGACUUGUAAUGCAAGACUUGCAUUUAUACGAAUACGAUACUUUUGCAAUGCAUAUUGCGUGACCCGGUACAACUUCGGGCUACUCGAGUUCUUAUUAACCCACCCGAACUUUUUCUCCAUCCAGCCGUCGUUUCUCGGUUUCUACGGCGUGAUAUCAAAUGCAAAAAUGUCUGGGUCUGGAAGAUUUUGAGAUUUGUCAUGCUUGUCUGGCGUGACCAAAAAGUCUGUGAUGCGUGUCCAAGAAGAGACCCUUUUGCCUGUCAUGCAAAAACGCAGUUUGUCAUGCGAGAAACGCAACACAAAGAAGCGCAGAUAUUUCUCAUGCUUGCCUGUGCAUUACAGAGCAUUCACUAUUCCCAAUGCAGCAUUAGAAGUUUCCAGACCCAGACAUUUUUGCAGUUGAUACGUGAAGCUGGUAAUCGACUUUGUUUGCAAGACCACGGAUGAGCAUUCGGGGUAUUUAGUCGUUGGCGGCAACACGGUGGGCACGUUGAAGAAGGGAGAUGUUUUCAAACUCGGCCCGAUAGAGCGACCGGGGAUGAACAGCAGUGGUCCUACUUCGUCCACCUUUGGUGCGGCGGCUAAUCGGAGGAAAAGGGUAAGGGCGAGCAGCAACACAAGUGCGUACUCGACAGAAAAUAACGCGGAUAAUUCGGAUAUUAGUGGUCCGAGGAAGGUCGUGUCCAAAACGACCGUAUCAAAUGCAAAAAUGUCUGGGUCUGGAAGAGUGUAAGCUUGUCAUGCAGGUUUUCCAUGACCCAUCAGGUCUGGAAUGCGGGACCUAGCAUGACAGUGUCUGUGAGGUCUCUGCCAUGCCUAUCCUGCAUGAGAAACUCCCUCCAAACUUGGUCGAAAAUGGACAGCUUUUGGCACUCAUGCAACACAGAUUUCUGCAUGAUUCGGAUUUAGCAUGACAAGUUGCAAUCUUGCAGACCCUGACAUUUUUGCAAUCCAUAGACCGCAUCGAACACGACCAGCAGUUCAAAAACAACUACAACUGCUAUGACCUGUUCAAACGUUACAAUCUCAAACGUUACAAUAGAAUCUGGGAUUUGUCUUGCAUGAUGAGCAUGACAGACACGCAGAGCGUUCCACUUUCUGCAAUACAAAUUGCGCCAGAUUGUUGUAGUGCGGCUUGGGACUCAGGAGCUUGUCAUGCGCAAUCCUAUGAUGGUUGGCUAGAUAAUGCACCUAUUGCAUCACAGAUUUCCAUAUUCUAUUGUAACGUCUAAUAUUGUAACACCUGAGCGGGUUAUAACUGCGGGAGGACGAGGAUCUCUGUCGCAGAUAUCAAGUGUUAAAAUGUCUGGGUCUGGAAGAAUGCAACUUGUCAUGCUAAAUCUGCAGCAUGCAAAAAUCUGUGUUGCAUGAUUACCAAAAGUCGUCCAGUUUUGACCAAGUCGGGAGGGAGUUUCUCAUGCAGGAUAGGCAUGAGAGAGAUCCCACAGAGUCUGUCAUGCUAGGUCCUGCAUUCCAGACCUCAUGGGUCAUGGAAAAGCAGCAUGACAAAUCGCGCACUCUUCCAGACAUCCAGGGAUUUUUACAUUUGAUAGCAGAAACAGCGGGGUGAAAUAAAAGGGAAAAAUCGAAGAAACCCGGAGGACGAAGAGCUCCGCGUGCAGGUGGUGUCCAUCCGGACCCUGCAACGGCAACCGGUGAACGUGCUGACGACUGGGCAAAGCUGCACCGUGCAACUGAAACUGUGCCCACCUCCACCGAAAACGACAACAGCGACACAUCAAGGGAGCGGCAACUGCGCAGGAGAGGACAGCAACAACUCGGCUGGAUAUGAAUCGCAAAUAUUAUGUCUGGGUCUGGAACACUGGAGCUUGUCAUGCUAAGUCUGAAUCAUGCAAAAAUCUGUGUUGCGUGACUACUACAACCAAAAGUUGCCCACUUUUGACCAAGUUGAGCAGGACAGGCAUGAUAGAGAUCUUAUAGCAUCUGUCAUGCUAGGUCCUGCAUUCCAGACCUCACGGGUCAUAGAAAAUCUGCAUGACAGGUCUUGCACUUCUCUUCCAGACCCAGACAUAUUCGCAGUUGAUACUGGCGGAGGGAAUACCACUUCCAGUACCACGGCGGCCACCGGCACCGCGUCGGACGAAACUUCUGUUGCGGGAACCGCCGUCGCAGCAGGUAGUUGUACAGCGACAUCCACAACCUCUUCGCGACAGCUGCUGACAUCAUCGAAUCGCACCAGAUCAUCGCGGCAAUUGAAAAGACAAAACAGUUCGCUGACGAACUACCACCGGUUGAUCCGGUCCGGCGUCUGGCUCUACAGCUGCAACCAGGACAAUUUGGACCGGACGCAAACGCAACUCUCCUGCUACUUCCGCCGGUAUUGCCACGUGAAACUGCGACUGUUAGACGACCCGCAUCAGCUGGCCUGUAGUCCGCGGCAGCAGCAUAUGGAUUGUAAAAAUGUCUGGGUCUGGAAGAUUGCAACUUGUCAUGCUAAAUCUGAAUCAUGCAGAAAUCUGGGUUGCAUGAGUGCCAAAAGGUCUCCACUUUCGACCAAGUUUGGAGGGCGUUUCUCAUGCAGGAUAGGCAUGGCAGAGACCUCACAGACACUGUCAUGCUAGGCCCCGCAUUCCAGACCUCGCGAGUCAUGGGAAACCUGCAUGACAAGUUUACACUCUUCCAGACCCAGACACUUUUGCAUUUGAUACAGCAGCAGCAGCAGCAGAUAAUUGCGGGAACAGCCAGUGGUCCCGCGUCGGCGGGUAGCAAAUGUAAAAAUGUCUGGGUCUGGAAGGAUGCAACUUGUGAUGCUGAAUUUGGAUUCUACAAAAAUCUGUAUUGCGUGAACAGCAAAAGAGGUCCAGUUUUUGCCACGGCGAGAGGGCAUUUCUCAUGCGGUAUAGGCAUCAGGAAGCCCUCACAAAAUCUGUGAUGCUAGAGCAUGCGUCACAGACUUCAGGAGUCAUGCAAAGCGUGCAUGACAAACCUUGCAUCCUUCCAGACCCAGACAUUUUUGCAUUUGAUAGCGGGCAACACCGUGCUCCAGAAAGACGAUCACUUUGUAUCGGAAGAAAAAACUGUUUCACUGUGAACUUGUAAUGCAUGAAGUGUAUCGCAGACGUGUUUGUCUUGCUGCACAUGAAAGACAAAGCAUUUUUAGGCGCGUUUUUCCUUGGGUGGCUUGCAUGGCAAGCUCUUUUGUGAUGUGGAGCAAACUUGUGAUGCAGAACUUGCAAAAUCAUCACAGUGAAACAGUUUUUGCGUGGGAUACUUUCUGCUGUAUCUCCAUUCCAGCCGGCAAAACGUCCGGAUUGCCUGGGCCACGAAGAUUUGCGAAAACGAGUACUGCUGCGGCGUGGUGUUUUUGCGGCGGAAGGACAUUUGCAUUCCGGGUCUUCAUAUCAAAUGUAAAAAUGUCUGGGUCUGGAAGAAUGCAUGUUUGUCAUGCUUGUCUGGCAUGACAACUCUUUACAUCUGUCAUGCACGUUGCCCAAGAGCCGCAUUUUUCUGUCAUGCGGAGACGCAAUUUGUCAUGCAGAAUAGGCAACACCUACAAGCUCAGAAGUUUGUCAUGCUGAGCCAGCACUUGUGGCCUCCUCAUGCUACGCCACUAAGCAUCACAAGUUUCCAGACCCAGACAUUUUUGCAUUUGAUACUUCAAGUGGUUGCGGUCCGGGACGGCGUCAAGUGGAUCGCGGCGGGCGAGAUUAUUUCGCUGAAACAGAUGAAACACAUAUUGCAAGGAAAAAUCCCCCCUCCCCAUAUUGAAAAGGCAUCCUUCGGAAAAUUUGUGAUGCAGAUUCGUGGCCACAAAUCAUUUUUGUCUUGCAAGAAGGUAAGCGCUGGGGGAUGAGCCGCAUUAUGGGCGCGAUUUGUCAUGCUGGUUGGCCUACAGGGCAGGCGUUUUCUCAUGCUCUACAGCUAGACCCGUGCGCUCCUAAACAGCCUAACUAUCUGGCCACAAUUCCUUACAGCAAGACAGACCUCGUUUGUGUAUGCAGAUCCAGCAGCAGAAGUUCCGUUUUGAUAUGGGGAGAGGGGAUUUUUCCUUUUGAUAACACAUGACGAAUGCUGCGAAGUAG